AUGAGCCGGCGCCGGAGAAGGAUUUCGCGCCGCUCACGCCCAACACCAUGGGCGCCCUCAGUGACAAGCUCUACGAAAGCUGAAGGUGGCUGCGCUGGAGAUAGACAGGCUGGUCCGGGAGUUCGUGGCCCAGAACAACACCGUGCAGAUCAAGCAUGUGAUCCAGACGCUGUCUCAGGAGUUUGCCCUGUCCCAGCACCCGCACAGCCGGAAAGGGGGCCUCAUCGGCCUGGCCGCCUGCUCCAUCGCGCUGGGCAAGGACAUCGUGAUGGAGAGCAACAAGUUCGACCUGGUGGGCUUCAUCCCCUUGUUGCGGGAGAGGAUUUAUUCCAACAACCAGUACGCCGGCAGUUCAUCAUCUCCUGGAUCCUGGUUCUGGAGUCCGUGCCAGACAUUAACCUGCUGGAUUAUUUGCCGGAGAUCCUGGAUGGACUCUUCCAGAUCCUGGGCGACAACGGCAAAGAGAUUCGGAAAAUGUGUGAGGUGGUCCUUGGAGAAUUCUUGAAGGAAAUUAAAAAGAACCCCUCCAGUGUUAAGUUUGCUGAGAUGGCCAACAUCCUGGUGAUCCACUGCCAGACCACGGAUGAGAACAUUGGAACACUGACAUUUUAGUCUGUUCUGUACAAGAAUGAGUUGUGUCAACACAGUGCUCCCAGCUACAGCACUGAAAAAAACAAGUUUAAUUAAAGACAGAGAAGAAACCGCAUGUGGAGCCUAAGCCACUGAGAUACAAUGAACAGUGUCAUCUUCAGAGUCAGUUCUCUCUGAACAAAUCUCUUUGUCAGUGUCAGGAGGGAAAAAAAAGACAGCAAGGUAAAGGUGUGCUGUAUACCACAGGGAACUCUGCUCAAUAUUCUGUAAUAACCUAAAUGGGAAAAGAAUUUUAAAAAGAAUAGAUACAUGUAUAUGUAUAACUGAAUCAGUUUGCUGUACACCUGAAACUAACACAACAUUGUUAAUCAA